AAUUUGAAUAAGCCCCCUAUAAAAGCCUCGUCUCCGUCGAUCGAAGAAGAAACCCUAACCCUAGAUACUGCUUCGUCACUGCCGUUCCCCGCGCGCUCGGUGCAGACUUUGAUUAGAAAUGGCGAAGUCGAAGAACCACACAGCGCACAACCAGUCGUAUAAGGCCCACAAGAACGGGAUCAAGAAGCCCAAGAGGCAUCGCCAAACCUCUACCAAAGGGAUGGAUCCGAAGUUCUUAAGGAACCAGAGGUACGCGAGGAAGCACAACAAGACGAGCGGAGAGGCAGGCUCUGCGGCUGAGGAGUAGAGCAUGUGAUAUUGGAGCAAGAAUUAUAAGAUUAAGUUUUCUUAGUAUUUUUUUUUCUUUUCAACUAAAUGUAGGAUUUUGCUCUUAUCUGCAGUGCCACAAUGAUCUCUGAUAAUUUACCUAUGCUAUGAUUUGUCUUUCUGGAAACAUGAAUUUAGUUUCUUUUAGUUGUCAUGGUUUUUCGAUCUUUUUGUUGUGCUGCAUUUUUCCUACGAAGGAAGUUUUACUUGCUUGACAAAGUGUGUUUCGAAACUGGACAUGAAUGCAUUGUAGGUAAUUUUUGCAAUAUUAA